AUGUGCUCUCCUCAGGAUUCAAGGCCAGCACAUGAUGAGAAAGAGGUCAGUCCAGCUGAUGCAGAAGCACUAUCUGAGGUCAUGGAAUUGAAUAAUGGUACAGGGAAUGGUCCUACAACUCCAGCAGAACCAAUGGAGGCAGAGAGUGCUGAAGGCAGUCCAGCCAUAGCGGACGAGGAACAGGAACCGCUUGGGAAUCCAGGAUCUGUUCAAGAAAACACAUUAAAAGAGAAUAUGCAGGAGGAAGAUGAUGUGACUGAUGCUCGAAAUGAAGAAGGUGGAGAAGAAAGAUCUGACAAAGUACUUGACGUGGAGCAAGACGAUUUAAAUGGAACUGAAGAUCAUGAAGCCUCUGCAGAAGAUGAGGAUGAAGUGGUUCAAAUUGAGGUACCUGAGAAACAAACACAAGCAGAAUCAGCAGAAGAUGCAGAAUUAGCCGAUAAUGACAUCAGUCAACAAGAUGAGGACCGUUUGCUGGGAGAUGACAAUGAUGACCAGAAAGAAGAUGCAGAGACACUGUUAGAUGACACUGAAGGUGAAGGAAGAGGUGUGAACACUGAAACAGGUCCAAGGACUCCUGCUUCUCCCAUCCAGGAUGAGGCAAAAGAAACUUCUACAGAUGCUUCUGACUUCGAAGCAGAAGCUCCUGAGCUGGAAGAAGAAGCUCCUAUCCUUGAACCAGAAGAACCAACUGAUGCUCCUUCAGCAGAGGAUUCCCAGGAUUCAAAUGAGAAUCCAGAAACUGAUGAGUCUGAAGAAGGUAAAGCGACAGAAACAACAGAGGCUAUGGAGGUAGAUGAUACUAGCAAUACAGAGACUGACAAGGGAGGACCAGAAACCAAGGAGGCUGAAGAGACCAAUGUAGACCAAUGCAACGAGCUGAGUAAUGAAGAAGCAGAAAAAGCUGAAAAUGAAAAAUCAGAGAUGUCACCAGAACCACCAGUGGAGACGCUGGAAAUGUCAUUGACAUAG